GAGCGUCCAGUGUGGUCGUCGGCCACCCGCUGGACACAGUGAAGACGCGGCUUCAGGCGGGAAAAGGCUACAAGAACACGCUGCACUGUGUCCUCACCAUCUACAGGAAGGAGACGGUCUCCGGGUUCUUUAAGGGCAUGUCUUUCCCUCUGGCCAGCGUCACCGUCUACAACUCGGUGGUGUUUGGCUUCUUCAGCAACACACAGAGACUCAUAAGCAAGUAUCGCUAUGGCGACGGGCGGCAUCCCUGCGGCAUGCUGGACCUGACCGUGGCCAGCAUGCUGACGGGGCUGAUGUCGGUGGGCCUGGGAGCCCCGGUGGAUCUGGUCAAGAUCAGACUGCAAAUGCAGACGCAGACGGUUCUGGCAGAGAACUUACACCUUGCUGGAAACGUAUCGAGCGGCACCAACAUCCCUCUGCGCUCCGUCAACAUCCCGAGCCAGAGACUGUACCGAGGACCCAUCCACUGUAUCAGCAGCAUCCUGCAGACCGAGGGGGUCCAGGGUCUGUAUCGAGGAGCCGGGGCCAUGAUCCUGAGGGACGUCCCCGGAUACACGCUCUACUUUAUCCCGUACACCAUCUUCUGUGACCUGCUGAAGUCGGACGCCAAGUCCAGCCCUCACCCCUGUUCUAUCUGGCUGGCUGGAGGACUGGCAGGGUCCAUUUCCUGGGUGACUGCGACACCGGCCGACGUGGUGAAGAGUCGAAUGCAGGCUGACGCUCAGCUGCAGAGAAAGUACAAGGGAAUCUUACACUGCAUCAUCCACAGCUACAAGACUGAGGGGAUCCAGGUUUUCUUCCGCGGAGCGUCGGUCAACGCCAUCCGAGGCUUCCCGAUGAGCGCCACCAUGUUCCUGACCUACGAACUCUCACUGCAGUUCUUCAGGAGCCUCUAGGACACAGGAAACAUGUCAGCGGUGAAGGAAUCAUACUCAGUUCUUGUUCAGAGGUUAUGUGGUCAGUGUAGGAUCAUUAAUCCUUCUCCACCAAGGCAGCUUCAGGGCCAGUUCAGAGAACAUGUCACAGAAAUGUCGCCGUUUAUCACUACAAGACUCCACUGACAAAAACAGGAAUUUUACAGAGCAGAACACAGGAGCUGCUACAAUACUACUGCCUCCAUCUGGUAGUUUGUUUGUGUCAUUAUGUGGUACUUUUACUUCAGUAAAGUAUCUGGUUACUUCUUCCACCUCUGAAUAACACAAACACACUAACAGAUGGAGGCAGUGGUAUUCCAGCAGCUCCCAGUAAAAUUCCUGUUUUUGUCAAUGGAGCCUGGUAGAGAUAUAUAGAGAUGUUUCUGUUCUCUUUAAUAAAAUCAUCCAUAAUGUCAGACACUGAGAAUAACAGUCUGAGUCUGUCAGUGGAGAAGGUUUAAUCUGUCCUGCAUCAUCACUUUACCUGAAGACGAGGAAACUCCGCCUUCACACCUGAAGCUUCUUCCUGGUGAAGACUCUCUUCUGUCUCCACCUGUGGAAAAAAGGGUUCAGAUGAAUAAUCUGUUACUGCACAGUAUCAGACAGUUAACGCUGAUUUGUCAGGCAAAAGACAAAGACUGAAAAAUGACGUUUAGAAUAUUUUGUAUGAAAAGUUUAAACAUCAUUUCAGCCAAGUUUUAACCUCAACAUCUUCUGACCUGCAAAUCACCAACUCAUCAUGCUCAGUAAAGAAGGGAGCCGUGCACUUUGACCUCAGUAAGAUGAAGAAAUACCACUUCAUGCUGAAAAUAAGAGUUUAAUGCUUUUACAAAGGAUGAGACAUUUUCAGAACAGCUGAGUCUAAAUUACAUUUUUUUGUUUGUUUGUUGAUCAGUUUUCAGUUUUGACUUGUUUCAGUUCAAUCUAAAACUUAAAUGAUUUCAUGCACUUACUCAACAUAUUUAAUUAAAGCUAGAAUCAGAUUCUAUGACUAUAAUGAAUAUGAGACAUAUAAUGUUGAAAAUGACACAUCCUUCUGUUCGUUACAUGGACUGUAUGAACGUCCCAUGUUACCGUCCACCUGUACAUAUUAUAUUUGUGUGUUUCUUAUAUUAAGAAAAAAGAGUUUUACAAGUUAAUUUUAACUUCAUGUUAACAUGAGUUUUUCCCCAUAAUAUUAUUAAAAUGCACAAAUUCUGAUACAUGAACACAAGCCAUUAUAGUACAGUUACAUUACUGCAGCAUAAAUACUCACUAACAAACAGUUAUACAGUAUUUACAGCUAAUGACUCAGAAGAAGGUUCACUCUACAAUCAGAUAUCCAGCUGAGAUGUCUACUUUUAAAAGAAUUAUUAUUUUUAUGGAUUUAAAAACAUGUUUUAUUGUGAAAUCUAAUCAGUCUUCUCACACAAUGGAUAUUUCUUAUUUUGGAGUGAACAACCUUCGUAGAAAUGGAUUUUCCUGCCUUGUAGUGACACUUUAAACAGUUUUCCUGUCAUGUAAAUACAUGUAAAUAUGUAAACUGCCAUUCCAGAUGGUGGAGAGCAUCAAGUGUGUUAUUGUACAGAAAUAAAGCUCUUAAACACA